GCGUAGCGCCGCCGGUAGCGGCGGAAGAAGAAGGCGGCAAUUUACAGGAGGAGCAAGUAAUGAGUGAGGUUCACCUUGGGUGCCCACCAAAUCACUCCGGGCCUCACAUUUCCCGCUUCACCAUCUCUCUUCCACCUCGUUAGGGUUUUUCUACGUUUCUCUUCAAUUUGUUCUCUUAAAUAGGAUAACAAGGAGUUGAAGCGAUUGACGAUCGUAUGAAUUUAGUGCGCGGGAAAGUCUAUGAAGUUGAUGAAGAUGGAGAUUUGGUUGUAACUCGACGAAAACCUUUGAAGGAUUCUUUUGUUAUCUUUGUACAGCAUAGCAUCACUUCUUCAAUACCAAGAGUUGGACUCCAGGUUUGGAGAGCAGAAUUGGUUCUAGCUGACUUUGUGCUGCAUAUGACAUAUAAUAAGUCAUCCGGUUUUGAUGGGGUUGUUGCAGUCGAGCUUGGUUCUGGCACUGGGUUAGUCGGAAUGUUACUUUCCCGUGCUGCUAAUACUGUAUUCAUAACUGAUAAAGGUGAUGAAGUACUUGAAAACUGUGCCAAGAAUGUUAAUCUUAAUGCUGGAAACUUCCACCACGAGGCUUCUAUCUAUGUACGUGAACUGGAUUGGAACCAUCCCUGGCCACCAGUGGUUGUGGCGGAUCCUCCAUCUAAACAGAGCUUUGGUUGGAUCUCAUCAGAGCUGGAAAAGCUUCAGAGUGCUUCUUUGCUCUUAGCUGCUGAUGUUAUCUACAGUGACGACUUAACUGAUGCCUUCUUCAGUUGUUUAGAAGCAAUCAUGUCCAGUGGUUCAGAAAAGGUGCUAUUCCUUGCUCUGGAGAAGCGAUACAACUUCUCCAUCGAUGAUCUUGAUGUUGUUGCAAAUGGCUACUCACACUUUCGAAGUUAUCUUAAAGUCGAGGAAGAGGAGGGGGAUGCUCUUGAAACUGAAUUUCCACAGAGAUUUGUCGGUAGGCCGAUAAACCUGGAAGAGAUUCCUCAGUACGUGCACGAGUACGAACGUGGAAACGACGUAGAGAUUUGGAAGAUUAGAUAUACUGGGCCCAAGCGUUGAAUCUAUCUGGUAAUUCUAUAAUGUCACACUUGCUAUUCUAUUCCUAGAAAGCUUGGCAUGUUAUAGAAAAGCAUAAUAGAGAAAUGGUGGGUUGUGGCUGUCACAUGCAAUGCAAGCCUUAGAAGGUCGGCUCAAAAAGUCACUUUAUUUCAGCAUCAAAAGGACAUUGAUGCCUUUUCUUUGUUUGCUUUUUGUCUUCAAAAAGAGAUUGAAAUUGUUGGUGAGUACAUGAAUAUUAAUAGGAGUUUGUUUAGAAUCUUUAGAUAGAAAGAUUUGGGAAUGGCCACAAACUACAUGUGUUUCAACCAUGUAUUUGAUUUAAAUUCGAACAAUUAUAUCUA